AUGGGCAAGGGGCGACCCGCCAAUCGAGAAAAAAGCGCCCUCUACGUUCCAUCGCGAGGAACGUUCACAUCCCCCGAAUGCCCCCGGGAGAGUAGUGCACAGUUCUUGUUCCUGUUCUUGUUCCUGUUCUUGUUCCUGUUCUUGUUCCUGUUCUUGUUCCUGUUCUUGUUCCUGUUCUUGUUCCUGUUCUUGUUCCUGUUCUUGUUCCUGAUGUUGUUCCUGUUCUUGUUCCUGAUCUUGUUCCUGAUCUUGUUCCUGUUCUUGCUCCUGUUCUUGUUCCUGUUCUUGUUCUUGUUCCUGUUCUUGUUCGUGAUGUUGUUCCUGAUCUUGUUCCUGUUCUUAUUCCUAUUCUUGUUCCUGAUCUUGUUCCUGUUCUUGUUCCUGAUCUUGUUCCUGAUCUUGUUCCUGAUCUUGUUCCUGAUCUUGUUCCUGAUCUUGUUCCUGAUCUUGUUCCUGAUCUUGUUCCUGAUCUUGUUCCUGUUCUUGUUCCUGUUCUUGUUCCUGUUCUUGUUCCUGAUCUACUUCUUAUUUACUCUUUAG